GACACCACAACUUAAAAGAGGCUAAUAUGGCAUCUGGGACAGCUGAACAAGACUCUGAUUUCAUUCACGAUACAAUAAUUGAUUUAACAAAGAAAUUAGAUGGGAAUAAGUUGGCAAACGAUAUUAUAUACCUUUUACAGAACAUUAAAAAAACAACAGACGUCAAAGAAACAUCAAAUAGGUGGCUCAAAUGGGCUAGGCAGCAGAAGUAUCUGAAAGUGAUAAAUGCAGACAUUCCAAUAGGUGUAUUGCCAAAUGGAAAGGAGGGGGAGAUAAUAGAUAUCAAAGUCUUUGCUGGAAGGAAACCAGAUGAUGAACUGUAUGACAACAAUGAAGAGCUGAGAAAAAAGGUGGCAAGAGGAAACUGUUUUAUUUCAAUCAAAGAAGGAAAUGAUGUCAGGUGUGUUUUACAAGCUAUGAAAAAGUUUACUGGAGGACUUGGAGAUGAUGAUGAUCGAGAACAGGGAGAUAACUCUACAUGGAAAAAAUAUUUUAUUAAGCCAUUAGAGGAAACUGAAAGUGUCAUAGCAACAAGAAAGGCCAAUGGAGAGGCAGCACAUCUGAGCUGUUUCAUGGUGGAUGGAGAAUAUGUUUUGUGUGGAGGAUCAAAGAAUGUUCAUAUGGUCUUCAGAAAAAAGGAAGAUAUAUUGAGGUAUACAGAGCCUAGAUUCAGAAUUGCCAGUGAGGUCUGUUUGAGUGUUUGGAACUCACUUGAUAAAAUGUCACCUAAUGACAGAAACAGUCUUUUGCAGUUUCUGGUUGCCACUGGUUACACAGGUGUGUUUGAGAUUUUAUCACCUGACCAUCAACAUGUAGAAGAACUUUCUUACCUGUCAGAAUCAGAAAUGAGAUUUAUAACUUGGACACAGAUUGACCUUGAACCUUCACCUGACAACAGUUCCUUAGCAACUGUACCUCCUCAUCUUGGCAUAGAGAUCGCUAAAGCUUUAGGACUUCUUACUAUUAAAUAUGAUGUACUGCCAAUGUCAGAACUGGAUACAAGAAUGAAGCAGAUAAGACAAGGAUACCAGUACGAGGGUGAAGUGUUAUAUUUUAUGGAUAAAACAGGAAUAGUUACUGGAUUACUGAAAAAGAAAACAGUUUGGUAUAUCAUGUGUCGUGCAAUUAGAGAGAAGUUACGUGCAGCAUGUGCAUAUAAUUUGAAAACGCCAGAAAAAUUCUCAUUAUCUAAAUAUCUAAGAAAGACAGAUAAAAGAUUAGAUGAGAUCCAAAUAUGGCUAGGUUUGGAUAUGAGUACAAUAAAUGAAUGGAAGACGUUUGCCAAUAAGUUUAUAAGACAUGUGAUUCAGAAAGUAGAUUUAGAAGAAGUUACUUCAGAUGAAAUUGCUAAUAUUUAUCCUGUGAUAUGGAAAAGAUAUGUAGCUGCCUCAGGAGAAAGUGACGAUAUAAAAGUUGUUGUGACAUCAGGAUCAUAACAAUAAGUAUUGGUAGCAUCAGGAAUGUAAUUAAUUCUUAUGUUAUACCAUCCUGGAAUAUAAACUCUAGACAACAGAUUUAACAUGGUUUAGUGGAACGUGUCUGUACUCUUCCUUUGAAAGUAGCGGAUAACAGAUCAGUACCUAUGAUUAACACAAAACUUGCUUUUCAUCCUGGCAUAAAAUUUAACUACAAUUUACCUUUUAAAAUGCUUGUCACCAUAAUAUAUUGAACACAACUUCUGGAAGGUGUACCGAGAACGGCUUCCUAGAACAGAGCAAUGCAAUGACAAACAUUGACAAAUUGACUAUUAGUCAUACAAUCAGGAUUACUUUUUAAAGUAAUAACAGAGUUGUGAAUACAAAUUAUUAUAAAUACUUAUUUGGUUAUCAUCCGUUAAUAGUUGUCAUAUUCAUGCUAUAAUUCUUUAUGUGUUAAUGUAUCUUUACACAAAUAUGUGUUCAAUGGAGCAAAAAUGUUUGUUUUUUCGACAGCAUGUGUAAUUUACUGGUUUGUGUUUCUGAUUGGCCACUUGAUGAAUACUUUUAGUACAACAUACACACAGGGUAAUAUAUUUAUAUACUUUUAUAAACUUUAGACAGCCCUUAGAUUCUUAAAAAUAAUUAGACUCCUUGUAGAUUCAUGAUAUAAUUGUAUUUUAGUGCAAUACUCAUUUAUUUUUAUACCACCGCAAAAAAUUUUGCGAUCAUAUAUUGGUAUCGCGUCGUCGUCGUCUGAAGACAUUUGGUUUCCAGACAAUAACUUUAGUAUAAGUAAAUAGAAAUCUAUGAAAUUUAAACACAAGGUUUAUAACCAUAAAAGGAAGUUUGGGAUAGAUUUUGGGGGUUAUGGUCCUAACAGUUUAUGAAUUAGGGGCCAAAAAGGGGCCCAAAUAAGCGUUUUUCUAGUUUCCAGACAAUAACUUGUGGAUCAGUGUAUGGAUCUCUCUGAAAUUAUAUCACAAGUUUCCAUACCACAUAGGGAGGGUUAGGAUUGGCUUUGGGGGUUAAUGGCUCAAACCAUUUAGGAAUUAGGGGCAAAAAAGGGGGAAAAACUAGGGGUUUCCUGGUUAAUGGACAAUUACUUUCAAGUACAAUGCUAAGUUUGGAUUACCUCCCUUACACUGCUUUUAAAUUAUGUAUAAAGAAAUAUUAUAUUGUCCUGAGGUGAUUAGCUGGCAAUUUAUUUUUAGAAGUUACUAUUAAAAAUGCUGAUUCAGGAAUAUUAAUUUUAGACAUGAUUAUGUAUGUCAUUUUCUAUUUUAAGACUUUUAUGAUGUAUUUAAAUGGGUAAUUAUUGUUACAAACUCCUUUGGAAAUUUGAAUUGAGAUUAUGACCAUAUCUUGAGGGAAUUUUUCUUUU